AUGGAAACCUCUACUGAAAAGCUAGGGUAUGCACUAUAUUUGGCCUUCUGCAGAGUUCUUGGUUGCGAUUUGGCUAUUGGUUUGAAGCAUAUGUCUCGCGAUAAGGCAAUAAUGCAAAUGUUUCAGUGUUUUCCAAGUAAUAGACUUGUUCGGGUGUAUUUUGUGUAUCCAGAUGAUUUGCCAGAACAAGGUGAGAAUAACCCAAUGGUUAGUGGAGAUACAGACUCUGAAUUAGAUUCUGAAUAUGUGGAGGAAGCAAACCAAACUGAUUUAGAGUCUACUGAAUAUAAAAAUUUUGUUGAUGAUAUGGAAUGUUCAAUGAUGAUAAUGUGGAUAUGGAAGUUCAAUGGGCCAGUUCUAAAUAAACAAGAGGGAUGCAAAGAAUCUAUUGGGCAUUCAAAUGUCAACGAAGAGUUGAACCCUAAAGAUAUUAACUCUGAUUAUGGAUCCCCAAGUGAAUUGGACAAUGUUCAAGCUGUUCAUAGAAUACCAGAGAAUAGUGAAGGGAACAAUGUUCAAGCUGUCCAAGGGGUUAGCCAAACCAAUGGUGAAGGCAACAUUAUUCAAGAUGCUAGAAGAAGAGGACAACCAAAUCGAGUUAGAGUUGUAGUUAGAAGAAGGCAACCCAAUGGUCAAGAAGGCAGAGACAGGGGAAGAGGUAUUGGUCUGGGCAAAGGUAGAGGAAAUGGACUUGAAAUUGGAAAAGGUGGUACCAGUAUCACAGAGAGAGGUGUUGGACUAAGCAAGGGUCGUGGUAUUGGAUUGAGCAGUUGA